AUGUCCGAACAAGCACAAGCACAACAACCAGCGAAAAGCACCCCCUCCAAAGAUUCUAACAAGAAUGGUAGCGCAGUGUCCACGGUCCUCGACACGAAGUGGGACAUUGUCCUGUCCAACAUGCUGGUCAAGACUGCCAUGGGCUUUGGCGUCGGUGUGUUCACCUCAGUAUUGUUCUUUAAGCGCCGUGCAUUUCCCGUAUGGCUAGGCAUUGGGUUUGGUGUUGGAAGAGGCUACGCUGAGGGCGACGCCAUCUUUAGAUCCAGCGCCGGUCUCAGAUCCUCGAAGGUUUAG